UUCACACAGUUAUCCAACGGUUGUUAUGGCUGUUAAUAUGUGGCGGAGCUGUAUUACGUAGUAAGGCGAAAUGUUUUCAGUUUUGACUGUUGUCGGCUGCCCAAAACUAAUUUGCUAAAAGCCAACUGACACGCAACGCCGUAAAUGGGCAGCAACGGUGGCGUAUCCGGCCCCACAUAUUAUUAUAUCUAUUAUUUUAUGACGCACCCUUAAGUUUUCGUGAAUUUCAUUUUUAUUAUACUUAUGUUAUAGCGGCGGUAGCCGAGUGCAUAUGACGUCCGACUUUCAAUCUGGAGGUAGGUACCAAUCAAAUCGUACCAAUGAGUUUUUUCGGAACUUAUGUACGAAAUUUCAUUUGAUAUUUACCGCUAUCUUUUCGGUGAAGGAAAACAUCGUGAGGAAACCUGCAUACCUACAUCUGCGAAGAAAUUCAUUCAAUCAAUAUAUCAAUUCAAUCCGCAUUGGGCCCUCUCGCGCAUGAGAGGAGGCCUGUGUCCAGCAGUGGGACGUAUAUAGGCUGAAUUAUUAUUAUAUUAUAGGUAUUAUAAUGUUAUUGUAGCGGCAACAAAUAUACACAUUUUGUGUGCACUUCAAUUGUCUGCCUAUAUCGGUUCUUGAAACAUAGCUCACCGACAGACAGACGGACGGAUGGACAGCGCCUGAUCGCCAAGCCUCGGACGAAAAAAACGUGCCUGUGAUGGUGCCAGAGCAAAUUUCCAAAGAAAAUAUGAAACAACGUUGUACUUCCAAACCUACACAUCAACGUUUCAAUUUAUUCGAACUUACAGUGAAAAUUCACUAUAAGUUCGAAUAAGAUCCGUAAAAAUACACUGCUCGUUUCCGAAUGCAAUAGAAUUGUAAUUUAUUUAUUUCUAUCUUCUAAUGUGAACUCACCAUAUUUAGUGACAAGCUAUUUUUACCUAGUUUUACGAACUAUUUUGGACAAAGAUGUAGAAAAUAUAUGGUACCUAGAAUCUUUAAUGACUUACCAUCAGAGUUAAAAAGUACAUGUGUAACAAAGCAAUCAUUUAAAAAGAAAGUAAGCAGCGUACUACUAACUAAAUUCAAAAACACAAUAAAGUAAAAGUAAUUUAUUAAGAAACAAGUUUAAUAUGUAUAAACAGAUAUAGUAAUAGUAAUUCUUAAGUAAUGACAAACAAGAUAGUACACAGUGCUGUAUUGUCUUGUUUGCCAGUGCUAUUGCUAUUAAUAUGAAUAUUACCAGCUAUAUAAGACAAAGAACCUUCAAUUAAUGUUAUUUGGAGCCUGGUCUGCCAACAAACCAUACUCUGGUUUGGCGGAAGUUGUGAUUUAGUUUGAAGGUUUGUCUUUUGAAUAAACAUUUAUUUAUUUAUAGUGCCAAAAAAAAAAAAAAAAUAUCACACAAAUUUAUUACAUAUCACUUGCACGCGGCGCUGGAGACAGCGAAAACUUUUAUAAGUAUGAUAUGAGAGUUGCGAAUGCUAGGCAUUCAUUCUCAUGUGACAAGUAACCGCAAAAUAAAAAAGCGGCCAAGAGCAUGUCAGGCCAUGCUCUGUAGGGUUCCGUAUUUAUAGUCCAAGAUCCCCAUUUUGCUUAUUAUAUACAUGAUAACACCCAAUAGCCCCCGUUCAGCCUAUUGUGACUACGGAUCCCUACACCGAGCAUGGCCCGACAUACGCUCGACCGGUUUUUAUUUACUUUGAGCGCUAGUUAUUGUAACAACAUCUUACGACGCCAUCUUAGGUACUAUCGUGAUGUUUUUUAUGCCAAAUGUGCUCAGUGCGAUAAUACCUAUUUGGUUUAUUAUAAAUGUUUAUGAGGGGGUUUGUGUCAGUGUUCCAGUAUUUAUCUAAUUUUCUACUUUUCUCAGCUAAACUCACUUGUUUUUAUAACUGUAAUACGAAGGGUGUUGAUGAAACGCGUGUAUCAUGAGUCCUCCUUUUCCAAUAAAAAUUUUAGCGUUUGCAUUAAAUCUAGACCAAAGAUAUAGGUUUAUAGGUGCACUAUAAGUAGAUAUAGCGAUACCGUUAUGAAACUAGGUAUUUCAAAAGAGAGUUGUGUUUGGUUCGUGGUAAGGGUAAUCUGAAUUGAUGCUGUCAUCGUAAUGGACGCUUUCAAGGCACCUUUACGGGCAUGAGAAUCGCGGUUGACCCAAUUUGCUGGCAAGGCUUCACUUUCUGUGAUAAAAAGUGCCUAAACGAUGAAUCGAUGGUAGGGAGAGUAUGCGAGGGGUCGGUCCCGCGAGGGGACGUGCGCGCGCCGUGUUCUCUGCAGCGCGCGUCGCUACAGUGACAGCAGUCACGUCGAGGAGUUGGCAACGACACGCCGGCCCGCGGACUCCGGGCGCAGCACACGCGCGCGACGCCACUCCGCACGGCGCGCCGUCGCCGGCUAUACCGCCCGCCGCCACUUCCGAGAUGAUUUGAAGUGUGUUGUCGGCAGGUAUGCCUGCAAGGAUGAUGAGCGCGCGGGCGGGCGCGGGCGCAGGCGGCGAGGUGAGCGUGGCCGACAGUCCGCUGGCCACGCUCGAGUCACUCGCGCAGGCUGCUGUCAUCGCCGUCAUGGGCGUCGCGAUCGUCAUCUCCAACCUCCUCAUCAUCGCUGCCUUCCUUAAUUUCAAAGGUCUCUCGAAUGAGGUUAUUAAUUACUACCUCUUAUCACUGGCUGUGGCGGAUUUAUUGUGCGGGUUGUUCGUGGUGCCUUUAUCCGUAUACCCAGCCAUUACUGGUCGCUGGAUGUUCGGCGAUCUAAUGUGCCGCCUUGCAGGAUACGUCGAAGUGACUCUGUGGUCCGUCUCAGUCUACACUUUCAUGUGGAUAUCAGUGGACCGAUACCUGGCCGUCAGGAAGCCUCUCCGAUAUGAGACGGUUAGUGCGACGGUACAAACUCGCACUCGAAGUCAGUGCUGGAUGGUGUUCACUUGGAUAUCAGCGGCAAUGCUCUGUUGCCCGCCUCUGCUGGGCUACAAGAAAGAAGCGAACUUCGACAAGGAGACCUUCAUCUGUAUGCUGGACUGGGGCACCACGUACGCCUACACUGCCACUCUCGGAAUUCUGGUCUUAGGGCCGAGUGUAAUCUCUAUCGUUUAUAAUUAUUUCUAUAUAUUUUCAAUGAAACGAAAGCUGAACAGUGGUGCACCUAUUCACGAUAAAGAAUAUGCAACUGCUUUAGCGGAGAACCUCGCUAACCCUAGCCACUGGAUGAGCUUUAUUCUCGUGUCAGCUUUUUGGCUCAGCUGGGCGCCUUACGCCGGGGUCAGGCUGUACGAGUACUUUACUUCACAGGAAAUUAAAAUUCCGAUGCUGCACUUUGGUGUCGUGUGGCUUGGAAUAUUGAACUCCUUUUGGAAAAUAGUAAUUUUAAUCUCUUUAAGUCCACAGUUUCGAUUAGCUCUCAGAAUACUUUGCUUAACAGCCUGUUGUCGCACUAAGGGCCGGUUACAAGCAGAGCUUAUAGGUAUGGAUAACGAUGACUGAAUUAUCUAUUGGUCUUCUGUUACGUAAAAUUUCUUUAACUGAAAUUACAUACAUAUAUUAUUAAGAGACAAAGAGUGCGCAUUACCUGGCGGUGUACAACAAGAGUUUUGGUUGUGUAGAAUAUGUACGUCUGUUAGUUCAAUAUAGGUAACUACAACCGUGUUUGUAAUUGAACAGUGCCUGAUAAUAAUAAUAAUACAAUAAAAGUCCACGAGUUAUACCGUCGCCGCUUUUGCUCGUUUGGAUAAUUCCAGUAGGAAUCUCGAGAUUAUCGCUCAAUAUAGAUUAUUAUUGUUUAUUCUCUUUGUCUCUAGUACUUUUUCUAUGAAUAGUUUAUAACAUAGCUUGGCGAUAAAUCAAUACUUACAAACCUACGACCUUAUGGUAUUUAUGGUUUUUCAAUCAUCUAUAAUCUAUUUUACAGUAUAUAUGGUGCUACUUUUCCGCACUAGUGCGUAAAUUAGCAUAUUAUGUAUCUAUGUCGAAAAUUUAAAGGGUCAUAUGUACUGUGAAAUGUUGUACGAUACAUGUGCGAAUAGGUAUUAUAAUUCGAAACUCGUGUCGAUUUAAAGCACUCCCUUUGGCCGUUUUAAUUUAUCGCCACUCGUUACGAAUUUCUUAUUUUUCGCACUUGUAUCGUAAAUAACUAAUAUGCAUUUGUUUUCAAUAACGUAGUCUUUUUUGUAAAUCUUAUUGUGUACCCUUUCGUGAUAGUUUCAUAUUAGAUGGUCAUAUAAGGGUGCCUUUUAAGAUAUUUUGUAGGCUUGAAUGACCCACCAGAUAAACAUAUUUUAAUUAAAUAGCAUAUUUUCUUAGUCAAAUCAUAAGUUCUGUUACAAGUCAUUUUAUGAAUACUAAAAACUUGACUGUACCUGCAGAACAGCGAGUGGAUUCGCUGUCAGCAACACUGUAUAAAUAAUUAGAUUAGUGUAUAACAUAUAAGCUUUUCAAACAUCAUUGCGGACCUUGAGCUCUCUAGCACUGGCUGAUGGCGCAACUGCGAUUAAUGUUCAUCUCAACGCGAAGAGAGAGAAGCCUUUCAAUCGUUUCUAUAAAUAAUAAGUAGUAAAACGAGUGUUACGUUUUAUCUAUUAAUAUACUUGUAAAAUAACUAAUGAGCUAACAAAGAGACCUUUCACACUAUCCAAUGCAAUCGCAGCCGACGUCGAUAAUUUAUGACUUGAGCACUGUGCCAGCUGUAUUCUUAAUACCUUUUUGCGUUUUAAGGUUAUAAAUUAUAUGGCAAUGACAGCUGUCACCGUAUAAGUAGUGUCAAUGUAAAAAAUACUAUAAGUAUAAGUAGGUACCACAUUGUUGACACUGUCCUUCGGAUAUUGUAUAUAGGACACCGACGGGUCUCUAUUGUUUCCCAUAAAGUUUUAAGUCAUAAUGUAUUGUUUGUCCGCAUUUUCGUUAGUCAUAAUUUGGUUUUUCUCAGAAACGCGUAACUUUUCAGGAUUGCCAUAAAACAAACCUAACCUAACCUAACCUAUCUAUAGGAUAAUCUAAGGAAAUUCCUGAAAAGUUAACGGUUUCAGAGUUAUGACUAAUGAUAAUAUGACUAUCAUUACAUUAUGACUUUCAAUAAUUAUGUCAAACAAAGGGAUCCGGACACCGACAUAUCGCCAGCCACCGAUCGAAUUACGAUAUUGGUUGUGUGGUAUUUUAUCAAGAAGAUGAACUUAUUCUCUAACCGCCCACAAAACAUACCAAGAUAUAUAUAAUUGUGAUUUUAUAUUAUAUUUUAUAUUUUGUUGGCGACAUCGUGUUGGAUAGUGUAAAACGGCUCUGGGUAGUGUGGUUAACGCUUUAGAUCGUGAUUAUUACACUGUCUUACUUUUCUUAUGAUAAUGAAUAAAUAGAUUAGGUAAAUAGGUACAUUGAUUAGAGGGUAUCCUCCGUCAUAUAUUUUUUUACAAAAUAUGUGUGAAUAAAAAGCAAUAUGGAAAGAUGAGUAAUGAAUCCAUAUCAUUUGAUUUUUAAACAUUGUAUUAGUAAUUAACUCAUUUUAUCGGUAAUAAUACUAUUAAAUCUGUAGAGUUCAAGAUAUUCUAAACUAAAAUUACGUGUUUAAUGAGUAUGAUUUUAACGCACAGCGGCGAUGAGGAUCCUAUUUAUAGUAAUUUGAAUCCGGAUAAAAGGUAACGUCAGGUGUGAUGUACCUAAGCAUAUAAUGCAAAAUUUUCCACUAGAGAGCUAAAACUAGUAAAGGCAACUAUGCUGUCGGGGAUAAAAAAUCAUGGUAGGAAACGGUACUCGAACCAUCAUAUUAUUAAAAAAACUAUUCGUAUCUGUUAAUACAUAUUUGUGGCAAAACAAUCGUAUAAAUGAAGACUGUAUGAAUUUACCUACAUGGUAUGUGGAUUUAAUUUUUGACCCAUUUCGUACCUUGUCACAGUGACAAAUAACAUGAAAUUAGCUAGAGACCUCAUACUAUUGUCACAGUGACAAAUUACGAAAUGGGUCAAAAAUUAUCUUUUGACUGUACCGUUUCAUUUGCAGUGCAAUAUAUAUUCAGGGACACAUAUUAUCUUUUGCGAUAGCUAUUGUUAAAAUUUGUUGUUAUAUACAUACUCGUACAGGAACUGUCACGAGACCCUGAUGAGACAAAGUUUAUGAACGAAUGGAAAAAGGAAUGCACAUUCAGAUAACUUAUGUACUUAAACAUAGGUACAUCGGCAUCGUUAUCAGGCGGCCUUCAAGUGGGCACGUGACAUGUAAAAUAAAAACCUGAUAUAUUAUCGUUGAUCAGUAAUCAGUCGCUUCCCUAUAGCUACGGGCCUUAAAUAUAUGUAAUAUUAUUUGGGACGUUCCAUGCCUCAAUGGUCCUUAAUACACAUGGAGCACAAGGACCCUUUAGACAUGGAAAGCUACAUUUGCAUAUAGGUACGAGUAAGAAUUGGAUUGUUUUAUGCUCUCAUUGUACAAUGUAUGUGUGUUCAAUUUGCAUUACCUAAAAGUGUCCAACAUAGUCCGCCAAUAGCGAUGUAUCUCUAAGUUUAUUAACAUAAUAUUUUAGUAACUUUGGUCGAAUGGAGUGUCUGUGUAUUUGUUGUAGAAUAUCACAUACGAGUAUUUGCAAACUGUCUGUACUGUCUCUCAUUUCUCAAACCUAAGGCUGUGCUUAGAUAAUUUUGUGUGUUAUUAAUAUUUUUAUUUUUAAAGUAUUUGUAGACUUUAUGAAGUUAAUAAUAAAAACGAGAAACAGAUUAACUAUACCAUCUGAGUAAAAAAAAAUUUAGCGACGCGAUUCUAGGCACAGUUCCUGGACAUGAAAUCAACAGACAUUUUAAAUUAAUAACUUGUACGGUUAAGUAAGCCUAAUUUAUACUUAAAUAAAUCGAGCCUUAUUUGCCGUCUUAAGACAAAAAUGCAUCCGUAAUGGUACAUUUGUGAUAAUUCCUAGUUCUCGUUACCUUACAAACCAACAUGCAGUAAAUUAUAUACAGACCUUAAUAGUUGUAAUGAUUUGUAUUUUAUCUAACUACAAGAUUCAGAGAGCUUUGUAACAAAUAAAUUGCAUAGUAUGAAAAUUUUCCAAAUAUAACAAUAAAGUGUUGUACAAAUAAAUUAGAGGAGACCGCGGGGAGUUAACAUAAAGAUAAGUUGACACAGCGUCCAUAUCUUGCAAACUAUAUAGGCAGACGUUAGAACUGUUAGAAGUAUGACACCCAAGAAAAAAGUGGUUCAUUUUCUAUUCUAAUCAAUUUCAUAAUGCAUGGUUUAGGCCUCAGAUGAGCACUUGAGGUUUUACAGCGGUUAGAGCUAAAAUAUUGCUAAAAGUAAGCUUCUCGACAUUUUGCAAAACCUUUUCUUUAUCAGUUAUGGCAUUUUCUCGAUAUAUAUAUAUAUAUAUAUGGAGCAUUCUGGCAGUGCUAUUUUUCAUAUACCUAUUUGGACAUACCAAACUAAAAGUGCAUGUAAACAUCUGAAAAAUACAAGGGUUACUACAGUUGUAAUGUGAUUAAAAGACAAAAAGCUGAUUUUUUUCGACCGGUAUUAUUACUAUUUGGCUUAGCACCGACAUCAAACAUAUCAGUUGGUUAAGCAUAUACUUAAAACAAUUUUUUUAACCUGUUUGAAGCCGGUUUACUUUUUUCGUAUAAUUAAAUAAAUUGAGCUGCGGUUACCGGUGAAAAUAUUUCACUGACACGUAUGCUUAUUAUGGUUUAAAAUCUAUAAUAGAUGUGUGUCAACCUACCUUAGUAACUGUUUCGAGUUACCUCGGUAUUAAGAGAGUUAAAACAGACCAGAUUGAUGCACAAAACACAAAAAAUGUUUUUAAAUAGUUCUAAGUACACUGUUCUGGGUGGUAAAUGGUUAUGAAAUUUGCUGUCAGAUGAUACAGAUUUUGUAAUUCUAGCUUCUCAUACGAUAGAAUUAUGACCAACGUCUCCUCUACCUAUGUUAGUAGUCCGUUGCAUUGCACAUACGUCUGAAGUACCUUAUUAUCUACUUCUACGAAGCCUACUCGUACAUAGAAGUGUGUUCACAUUACUCUGCUUCAAAUGAAGAUCCGGUGAUAGGUAUCCAUUUAAUUCUACAUUGCCUUCAUUGUACUAAAUAUUAAUAUAAUUUUGCAGUAAGUAUGCCGUAGUAGUACGUACCGUACUGUAUUAGUUGUCAAUUCAAGAACAAAACAAUAGCAUUAACGUGAAAACUAAGUUUAUUAUUCAGUAGAAGUUACUCGCGAAAAGCUGAGAAUAAUACUCAAUUUGAUAUUAAUAGAAUAUAUAACAGCGACAUUUAUAUCUAUCUAAUAAUUAAAAAAAAAUUACGUAAACUUGACGACUAGGUAGUUAUAUAACGAGUUAACUAGAAUUAAUUUGUUAGUACCUAUGUAUUGUUAUAAAAUAUGUAGGGUGUGUAACAAGUCAUUUGGAAGUAAAUAAAGCUACAACUAUCAUUUAUAUAUUAAAUUUAGUGGGUACCUGUUCAUAUAGUUUGUGUGUUUGUGAGUUCAAAAUAUUUUUUUAAUAGGUAAGUACCUAAUUGUCGUUUACAUAAGACAGCUGGGGUUAGUUACGGACAGAAGGUUAUUUUCCUCUCCAUGUGCAGUGUGACAGUUCCUUCAUAAUUAUUGUUACAUUAAUCCAACUGACAAUACUUUUGAAAGUAAAAAGUAAAGCUAGACUAGAAUAUGUAAUUAUCUUAAGAGGGAAGAGUAGCUUCGCCAUCCUAACCGAACGUACACAUUUUUGGUGACAUUUCCAUUUCGGGGGAAAACGGUUUCCACUAACUAAAUCUCAACAAAUCACUUUGAUUUUGAAAUCGCUUCAGGUCUAUAGGUUUUUCUUUUCCAAAAAACUUUUUUUAUAAAACAAACGUAUAAAAUGUAAUUAAAACUUGGUCGAAUUAAGCCGUUUGUUUUAUAAAAACCGGCCAAGUGCGAGUCGGACUCGCGCACGAAGGGUUCCGUACCAUUAUUUAUAAAACCGGCAAAAAAAAAAUGUUUGUUGUAUGGGAACCCCCUUAAAUAUUUAUUUUAUUCUGUUUUUAGUAUUUUUUGUUAUAGCGGCAACAGAAAUACAUCAUCUGUGAUAAUUUCAACUGUCUAGCUAUCAUGGUUCAUGAGAUACAGUCUGGUGACAGACGGACGGACGGACGGACAGCGAAGUCUCAGUAAUAGAGUCCCGUUUGACCCUUUGGGUACGGAACCCUAAAAAACUAUGUUAUUUGUUUUAAAGAUAAACGUAUGAACCCAGAAUAAAUAUGCUGAGGCGAUCGACGUCAAAAUCAAAGUGAUUUGUAAAAUUUAGUUCGUGGAAACCGUUUUCUCCCGAAAUGGAAAUUUCAUCAAAAAUGUACGUACGUUUGGUUAGAAGAGCAAAGCAAUUUUUCCCUCUCAAUAAGUAAAUUUCUGACCUAUUAGACCGCAAAAAACACGAAUCUUAUACUUAAAUUUAUAAUGACUCUUUGCUCAAAUUUAUUAAAUCAUGAUACGCCCAGGCCGACCUGAGGCAUUCGAUUCAAUUUGAAGCGAACUAUAAGUCUGCGUUUCCACCAAAACUGUACGAGGAUGCGUAGCGAAGGAUGUGUUUGUCAUGAACCAAUAGGAACACUUUAUUUAACUAUCCUGGUUCAGCGUAGCCCUCGUGGAAACAGCUCAGCGGAGCGAGGUUUUUAUACAUUUCAAAUAAGUGAAGGAUGUGAGCGAGGAAUGUGUUUCGUGGGAUGUGUUGCGAGAGAUCUAUGUGUUGCGAGGUACGAACGCGAGUAAAAAUACAUUAAAAAAGGCCCGCUCCUGCCUCACCACUCGCUUAUUUUAAAAGAGCCCGCUACACACCGUCGCUACACAUCACCGUUCAGAGGGCCUACCCCGAACACUGAAGUUCGCAAAUUACGGGCAUCUUUCUCUUUUACUCCAAUUAAGGCGUAAUAAGCGUGACAGAGAAAGAUGCCCGCAAUUACCUGACUUCGGUAUUCGCGGUUAUAGCCCAUCUAGGUCGCACAUUUCUGGUGGAAUCAUUCACAUCCUUGCUACGCAUCCUCGCACCACUUAGUUACAUCGCACAGUUAUGGAGGAAACGCAGCCUAAGUGAAGAUUGUAAGAUUUGUUAGUCAUGAAACCAUUUGGGAAGGUCACUAGGUAAUAUUCCGAACUCGGGCACCUUGCCUCGUCCUUAGUAGAAAUCUACAUGGGCAUAUUGCCAACUAGUUUUAUUUUUAUUUUUUCUUAUAUUGUACGUAAAGUAUAGAUGCAUGAGUAUUAAUUACACCUUCUGGAUUUCGUGAUUUAAGAAUCUACCUACUAUUAAAAAACACCAUGUAAAAUAUGCCACUUAAUAAUAUUAAGUAGUUACGUACGACCGAGUUCACAUCUUUAUAAGCCAACGUUCCAUAAAUAUAAUUACAUGAAACGUCAUAGGUAAGGUGUGUCAUAGGUAACCUAAGUGUCUAGUAUAAAUAUAUUUUUAAGAAUGUUGGCUUGUGAAGAUGUUUGUUCGCUCAACUGUACAAAUGAUAAGUCAGUACCUACUUCGCGCGACAGUGUUAGUUGAAUAAGUAUUAAGGUCAAACACAUUUUAGAAAAAGGUCACUACUGUGGACAAUACAAUAUAAGUUUGAGACUCAGUUCCAUAUAUUAUAUCCUGUUUUUCUUGUUUGAGACUCAUGUACUAAAAUAUAUCCCAUCUUAAGAGGGAUGGAUAGCUUUUAGAACCUAACGAAAUAACGGUAAUUUUUCUAUGAAGUUCCAUUUCGGGAGAAAACGGUUUCUACUAACUAAAUCUUAAAUAAUAUAUUCAGCAUAAUAGUUUAUAAAUUUUGGUUUUUGAAAAAAAAAAAAAUUUUUUUUCCAAAUUUUGAAAAAAAAACUUAUAACACUAGUUUUUCAUUAAAAGAUCAUGGAGAAUGGAAAAUAUUUAGAAGUAGAAAAAGUCUUCGCUUUUUGUAUACAAACCGACAAUCACGUGGUAUUCUUCCCUCUUAAAGGGCUUAUUACAUUCAUCAUUGUGGAUCGAUUUCGGAUCCGACGUCAAGCCCGAGCAAGGAUCGUUUUUCGUCUUACGAAAUAUGAGAACAUCGUUUUCCGUUUUGCGAUUUCCUGACUAUGCCCCCUCCUGACUAUGUGCGUGAAUUGCGGCGCGACUUCGCGGAGAGAAUAUAUCGUGACGUAUUAACUACAGUCGCAGAACUUCUCGGCGAUUUCACAGUUUAGUUCACGCCAAGAUGGUGGGAAAGCAUCAGCUGACCGAAUUUAACUGUGAGAUUGCUGUACGGCAGCAUUGAGCUGUAGCAAUUUUUCCAUUUGUUUUUUUUUUAAGUGAAAACUUCUUUAGCGGCGCUGUGCAGUUUUUGUGAUGGGGAAAAAAUGUUAAACUCGCGUCAGGGGUCACGUAACCGUCAGAUUGAAAAUUCGUAAGAUGGACACGUGACAUCAUGGUGACGUGCAAGUUGAAUUUCAUCGAAACCUAGCUACUUUUGAAAAAUCGUAUCUCAUUCAAGUGUGACAUUUUAUUUUCUUCAUAAUCAAAGUGCUGUCAUAACGGUUAAAGAGGUUUAAUCUUUGUUAAUUGUGUUGUAUUGUAUCUUUGUGUUGUUGGGUGUCCAUGAUUGUAAAUACUCAAAUUGGUCCUUUCCAAAAAGUUAAAUAACAGAAAAGAAGCGUGAUUGUUUUUCUUAAUAUGAUGGUGUACGAUUCAUUAAUAUCUCAUUGUGUAAGCUGUAGUCCUGCUAACGUCUCAUGAAUUAUAUAUUAACAUUAAAAUUCGCAAUAAAAAUCUUUUACACUCAAAUUUAUUUACGUGGUUAUAAUAGCAAAUUGCUGUAAAAUAUCAAAAAUGCACAGCGUUAAUAUUCUAGUUUUCACUUCUGCUGGCACUCCCGGAGUGCAACCCGAUUUUUUUUGUCGUUAAAACGUAAAAUAUAGCCGCUUAAUUAAUAUUAAUAUCUAAAUAUUUGUCUCACCACAGAUGAACCCAAAUAGUGUGUGUGUGUGUGUGUGCUUGCUUGUAAGAUCGCACAUUGCGCCUCUUUUGAUAUGGACCAAAAAACCGUCAAAAAACCGGCAACUAGGCGUGACGGCGUAAACUAUCUGCGAAAUCGACGCCACACUUACGUUCGCGGCUUCGCACAUGAGUGUGGAGAGCCCUAUAUAUGUGAGAAAGACGCGAACGAGUUGAGCAUAUACUAUAAAAUGUGUAUGUCGACUUACGAGUAACUUGCUGUAUAUAAUUUCAACUAAUUGGUGUUAGUUACUAGUACAGUUUUAUGCAGUUAAAAUAUGUUAAUAAAUAUUGCUAUUAGGUGCAAAAACCUAGUAGCUGCCAACAGUGAAAUUACCGACUUGUUUAAUUCGCUGCGAGAACGACAAUAAUUUCGUCCAAUGAUGCUGCCAAAAUCAUUAAUUCUAAAUAUCUCUUUACCUAUAUCUAUACUCUCGGUAUAAUACUUGUGUUAAAAACAUAAUUUAGACUGAAAUGUGGUAAAUGUUACAGUUGCCAUCCCAUCGAGGUUGUGACUUUCACCGAGUAAAUAUCGUAACGUAUAACCUAAAAUCCACCAUAUUAGAUCUACAACGUUGCUACAUAUAACGAAUUUGGGGUCUUACUAAUAUAAUUUGUGGAUUAGUCUUCGUGCUAUUUCAUCAGUGAAAUAAUUCCGCUUAAAUUUCACAAGAAACACGUUAAAUUACAUAUGUCGCCGUAAUAAGACUUCUAAGCGACUGAUUUGUUAGAGAAAGAGGUACGGAGAUGUGUCAAUACAAAAUCUGGUAGGUGAGGCGUGGAGCGGCACAAUCCACUAUGAGCUCAACAUCAGAUAAAAAAACUAUCCUUACUUAAUCGUCUAAAGUAUUUUGGUACAUCAGAUUCACAAUAAGCAAGUGUAUAAAAAUUGACGAAAUAAUGUUUUCUUAAGAGUUAUUUUGUUAACACGGCUAUUUGUAUUUACAAGCGUAGGUAUAUAUAUAUAUAUAUCUCAUUGUGUAAGCUGUAGUCCUGCUAACGUCUCAUGAAUUAUAUAUUAACAUUAAAAUUCGCAAUAAAAAUCUUUUACACUCAAAUUUAUUUACGUGGUUAUAAUAGCAAAUUGCUGCAAAAUAUCAAAAAUGCACAGCGUUAAUAUUCUAGUUUUCACUUCUGCUGGCACUCCCGGAGUGCACGGCGCACGGCGGCGGCACGGUUGAUAUAUAUAUAUAUAUAUAUAUAUAUAUAUAUAUAUAUAUAUCUUUAAAAUCGUAGUUUUAUAAUCUGUACAAAUUUAUAUAGGUACUAAAAUUAAAACUAAACUAGCCAUAAAAUAAAACUACUUAAAAAGAUAUAUAUAUAUAUAUCUCAACCAGAGGAGCUAUAUGAGAGACCGUAAUAAACCAGAAGUGAUGACUAUUUCGAAAUAUUUACCUACUUAUGAAUUCUUUGACUUAUGAAAUAUUAUUCCUUUACGCCGCUCUUUUGUAAAGUUUUAGCCAUAUUGCAUCGGGCAUUUUAAUAUGUGCAUGAUUGGAUAUACUACUAUUUUAAUAAUAUAACAUUGGCGUAAUUUGAUACGACGCGACUAAGUGACAGAGUAACCUAGGUAAACGAAUGUUAACAAUGUCACCUCUGUCACUUUUCUCGAAUCAAAUUAAAUUGGAAUUAUAAAACAAAAUCCCCCGCCGCGUCUGUCUGUCCGUAUGUCUGUAUGUUCGCAAUAAACUCAAAAACUACUCAACAGAUUUUACCUAUUAAUAAAGUUAUUCCUAGUUUUCACCUAUCAAUAAAAUGAUUCUUGAGGAAGGUUUAUGUGUAUAAUUUGUUAAGGUUCUACCCGUGCGAAGCCGGGGCCUAGUUUCUUACCAAGUCUAUUAUAUGCGCAUCCUUAACGACCUAUUGCUGGAAGACGUGUAAAAGCUUUAAAUAUUAUAAUUGUCAUUGUGUUUAUACGUCCUAAAUUGCAAAACAACCAAGCGCAAAAUGCCUAAAUAUCAAUUAUUUCCUUCUUAAAAUGACCGAAUGUCAUAAUGACUUUUAUUCACAUAUCGUCCAAGUCUCAACAUACCUAAAUGUCGAAAAGUAUAAUUCGUCAGGUGACAAGCAAAACUCACUAAUUACCACCACAAGUUCAUAGCCAUAAUGAACCAUAUAACUGCUUAAAUAAGGUUGGUUUUUGUUUAAUUAUUUUUUAGUAAUUAGUGAAUUUAGCUUGUCAUCUGACGAUUUCAUCAAAUGCCUAAUUUUCAAUGGUCUUCUUAUUAAAUAUUAUUUAUUUAUAACCUCAGCGUAUUAACAAUUCUCAAAAUCUGCUGGAACUAAAGAGGAUACUAUCGAAUAUACUGGAAGGCAUUAGAAAAAGUUUAUUAGAAGCAUUUUGGGAAUGUGGUAUUUUGAGAUAAAGGCAUUCUAAGAUUCUACAUUAUGUAACUAUUCCGUUUUGAAAUAUAGGAAUUUUGGUAAAUUCUUAGAAUGAAAGCAAGAUGCAAUUACCCAAAAUGUUGUUGCGUUGAGGCAACCGUCAGAAGAGAAUGGGUGCGGUAAUAUGAAUGAGUGUGUGAGUUAAUUAUCUGUACACAGAGCCUGAUGAAGAGGCAACAUUAGUAGUACGGUACCUAACUACUACUAUUACGAUUACUUCCUACUGUCCGUAAAACCUCAGCUUAAAUAGUCAAUUUUCGCUCGCUAGCUUAAUACAGAAAUGUAAAGUACGACUUGUACUUAGGUGUUUAAUUAAAUUUGAAUUUUAUUGGGAAGAGUACUGUAUAAUUGUAAGUAAUUUGUUAUAUUAUUCUAGUUUAUUUUUUUUACUCUUAAAUUAUAAGUCUUGUUAGAGGUGGUAACACUCCUUUUUUAAGGUGCAUACAGUAUGUAUUAUUUCGUUCAAAUAAUUAUUUAGUUAAUUAACAACUUUAAUGACUUAAACUGAAAUGGCACUAUUACUACCAGUAUGAGUUUAUUUAAUUAUACAUACAUGCCUAUAAUAAAUAUAUUCUUAUGUUAAAGUAUUGAUAGAUUUACGAGAUACUCGGGUAUAAUAAAAAUGAUUGUUAUAAAGAUUUUGUUAUUUAUUUAUAGAAAUACGGAGUUCGUGUUUGCCACAUUAAAAAAUAGCGAUUGA